AUGGUCUCUUUCUCGAGCCUCUUUGUGGCCGUCACGGCUUUUGCGGGCGUCAUUGCCAGCCCUACAGGCAGUGGCCUCAUUAAACGUCAGUCGACGCCGAGCUCAACCGGCUAUCACAAUGGAUACUACUACUCCUGGUGGACCGACGGUGGCUCUAAAGUAACAUACACGAACGGAGCUGGCGGCUCUUACAGCGUCAACUGGGGUGGAGGAGGCGGCAACUUUGUCGGCGGCAAGGGUUGGAACCCUGGUGGUUCUAAGACGAUCCAAUACUCGGGAACUUACGAAUUCAAUGGAAACAGCGUGGGUGCUCAUCUUGGCGUCAUGCCUGAAAGAAGCUACCUUGCUGUGUACGGCUGGACCCAGAACCCGUUGAUCGAGUACUACAUCAUUGAAUCCUACGGCACAUACAACCCUGCUUCCGGUGCUACGAACAAGGGUUCUCUGACGAGUGACAGCGGGACCUACGAUAUCUACGUCAGCACUCGCGUGCAGCAGCCUAGCAUUGAAAACACAGCAACAUUCCAGCAAUACUGGUCCAUUCGGACUGAAAAACGAGUUGGGGGCACUGUGACAACUGGCAAUCAUUUCGCAGCUUGGGCUUCAGCCGGUUUAAAUUUGGGAACUCAUAAUUACAUGAUUGUUGCUACGGAGGGAUACUACAGCAGUGGUAGCGCCUCAAUCACUGUCAACAGUCCCGCCUAG